ACGGUCCAGAUCUUGCCCAUCAUCUUUCCGGGCAGAUCUCCUUGCCUUUAAGAACGAGGCUGCCCUUCCUAUCCUCUUCGCUCUUAUCAGGGAAAAGAUCCCCAAUUCCCAAUCUUCUCCCUCGUUCCCCCUUUCCCCCGAAACCCUAGUUGGUUCGGUCUCUCUCUCUCUAUCUCUCUCUCUCUGUCUCUCUUGGUCGAUCUAUCCUCCCGGCGGGAUUGUUCCCUCCGACCUACACCUUUCAACCUAGGAGGCGCGUGGCGUUCACGCUCAAUGUGAUCCAUGUGUUCUUGGUCACCUGAAUUGGGAGACCUCCGCCGCCGGGGCUGUCCCGGGACUCUACCGGACUCAUGGCGUCAGCUCUGCUAGCUAAUCGGAACGAACCCAACUGGAUUCAGCCACAGCCGGCCGGCGGUGCGAAACCUAUGGGCAAAUAUCCUUUCUCUAAUUCUAACAACCCUAACCCUAAAUUCUCAAAGAAGCGGCACCUUCAGGCUCUACCCUUGGCAGAUCUAGAUGAAUCUCCGGCGUUUGCGCAGUCUGCUGCUUCUGACGACGCUUCUUCGAUAAAUCGGAGACCUGUUGAUUUGAACACGGGGGGAUACGUUACUUUCAACAUCUCUUCCUAUACGAAGAAGGAGCUGUUGGAGCUGAAGGAUCGAUUGGUGGGUGAGCUGGAGCAGAUUCGUCAAUUUAAGAGCCGGAUCGACCUGUCGACUGACUAUCAGAUCAGAUCCAGCUCAAAUUUCCACAACAAGAAACUAGUUGGUGGCCCAAACAACAAGAAGAUAUUGGGAAACAAGAGGCCUUUCUCUGCUACCAAUUCGAGUUUUGGGGUUCAAGAUUUCAAGAGAUCGCAACACCCAGAUAACUCGCAAUUGAUGAAGAAUUGCGGCCAGAUCCUGUCCAAAUUGAUGAAGCACAAGUUCGGACAUAUCUUCAAUGUUCCGGUGGACGUUGUUGGAAUGCAGCUUCACGAUUACCUCGACAUAAUAAAAGUUCCCAUGGAUCUGGGUACGGUGAGAAAGAAGUUGAGGAAAAACCUCUAUGACUCGCCGCCGGAUUUUGCUGCAGAUGUGAGACUGACCUUCAACAAUGCGAUGAGGUACAAUCCUAAAGGUCACGAUGUACAUAAUAUUGCUGGUCAGUUACUUGACAGAUUUGAAGAGUUGUUCAGACCCAUCAAGGACUCGCUUGUUGAUGAAGAGAUCCAGGAAGAGGAAGAGCACGUGCAAGAAGUGCAAGCGAGUUCAUGGGAUCACAACCACCGGGGAUUGGUGGAGACGCAAAGAGUAUCGAAAGACCAAGGGGUUGUGAUGCAAGAGAUGGUCAAGUCCGAGCAAAUUGGGAACUUUGUGGCUCCUCAAGCUUCUAGUUUGAGCCAAAACCCUAACCCUCAGUCGACUUCACAGUUGCCUGUCAGGACUCCAUCACCACGGCGGGUUCCACCAGUGAAGCCUGUAAAGCUUCCGAAGCCAAAGGCGAAAGACCCUAAUAAGAGGGCGAUGAACCUGGAAGAGAAACAUAAAUUGGGCGUAGGAUUGCAGAAUUUGCCUCAGGAGAAGAUGGAGCAAGUUGUGCAAAUAAUAAAGAGGAGGAAUGGCAAUUUGAGGCAAGAUGGGGAUGAGAUUGAGCUUGACAUUGAAGCAGUUGAUACAGAGACUCUGUGGGAGCUUGAUCGAUUUGUGACCAAUUACAAGAAAAUGGCGAGCAAGCAGAGGCGUCAAGCAUUAAUGGGUGUCAAUAUUGGGGCUCCUGCAACGAGUGAAGGCAACAAGGAUUUGCCUGGUAUUGAGAGAAUGGACAUUGUAAAUGAGGUGAAGAAGCCAAAGAAAGGUGAUGCAGGCGAGGAAGAUGUGGAUAUAGGGGAUGAAAUGCCAAUGAGCAGCUUUCCGCCGGUGGAGAUUGAGAAGGACAAUGGGCGUGCAAGUAGCAGUUCUGGUAGCUCCAGUAGUUCCAGCGACGAUUCUUCUUCCUCCAGUGAUUCCGACUCGGGGAGCUCUUCCGGGAGUGAUUCAGAGGAUGCACACUCAUAGUGGCACUAACCCAAUGUGGAUGAGAAUUCGGGAUCACAGGUUCCUCGAGGCAGGGGCACGGGGUGUGGAAGAUCCUGGAGCUGCCGCCUUGCACAUUGAUGAAUGAAAGAAGCGAGGUUUGUAGGAGCGGUGGGUGGAACAAAUUUAAGCUGGGCACGCUAAAGGAAGGUGGAUCAAUACUUGUGUGUAUGAAGGGAGGUCGAGCUGCUAGCAAAAGGGAAACGGAGGCGGAAGCUAAAAGUAGCAGUGGCUGGCUGGUUUAAGUUAAAAGGGUAGGAAGAAUAGAGUGAGAAGGUUCUGUUUCUGUGUUUUUUGUCCCCUUCUUUUUCUUGUAGUUGGUAGAGUAAGGAGAAAUAGUAGUGGUGGUGAUGAUUGGGUGUUUGGCUAGAGCGUGGGAGAUAGGGGACUGACUUAGUUCAGAAUUACGGUUUGUACUCGUUACUGCAACACUUGGAAUACAAAUUAACCCGCAGUUAGCUUGUUGCAACAGAGUGCCUGUUGAUUAUCCAUUUUGGGUGUGUUGAAGGGUAUAAAAAGAUUAACGGAGGGAGAGCGGCAGUGCUAUCGCCUAUCGCUAUGCAAUGUUAAUGAUUAAUGCUAGCUAGU